AUGUCUUUACCCACCUUUGGCCUUGAACCGCCGUCAGACCAACCUGAACCUCAGCCUGAUUCUCAUUCUCAGUCUCAGUCUCAGUUUCAACACCAGUCUGAGCCUCAAUCCCAGCUGCAGCUUCAGUCUUCAUCUCUGCUGUCGCCUCGGUCAUCAUCGUCCACCACUGAACCUCGUAGUGGUGCCGGCAAUUCCCUCCCCAUCUCCUUCAGGCGUUCCAUCCAGCCCAAUCCGUCUCCGACAAGCCUUGUGCCGUCCACUGCUGAAGGCAAGCCGAUCCCCGUCGAUGAUUCAACCGUAGAGUACCGCACCACCGCCCUCCGAGAGCUCAACCACAACUUCCCGAGCCAUCGCUACGCAAAGUCGACCGGCGCCCAGAGCAGCACAUACUCGGAGCCCGUCAUUGUCCGGAGCUACUACCCUCCGCUGCCGUCCAGCAGGCCGUCUAGCUCGUCUCGUGGUCCCAUCGCUCACGGGUCGUCCGUCUCCGGUCCUGGUGUCGGCUCCGGGUCCCAGGUCAGCCGAUUUGCCGAAGCAGUCGCCGGCGUCCCUUCUAGGUUUGUCUCCGGAGAGCCCGGCAUGUUGAGCACCAUGGUGUUAUCCUUUGGAAAGAAACCCGUAAACGGCCGUGCCGAGGACGAAGCUCGCCUGCCCCCGGUGGAAGCCUUCAGCUUCAAGAGCUUCAUGGCCAAUAUCGAAGCACAGGGUGGUGGCGUUGCUGGUGAUAUCAACGCUGAUCUAGACCGGAUUGCCGAGAUUUGUGCCAGAUCCAGGUACUCGCUGAGCAAUCAAUACGAAGUCCAUUAUACCCCCCAUGGAUCUGGGGCUUCCUUCUUUACUUCCUCGGCCCAGUUGAAUGACUCCCAAGGCCCAACCCUGCAGGCAGUCUCUACCGACGACGAACAUAGUGUAGGAGCAUCAACCCGUAGGAGGAGACGCAUGGCUCGCAGGAACAGCAGAGCUGUAGGGACCUUGGAAACAAUCAUAUCGUCCAGUCGAUCUUCAGAUGAAGAACAGCCCGGCAGGAAAAAGACUGCGUCCGAGAUCGCCGAGGAAAUUCGCGGUCGGGCGGCACUGAAAGGGUCAGGACACUCCUCUCACAGCACCUCAUCUAGCGAAACCCUCGAUGAGCGAAGUGACACGCAACACGAGGAUGCUGCUCCAAAGAAAUCCUCAUCGUCCCUUGCUCUCAUUGAUGCUUCUACCAGAGUCAACGGCACGGCUAUAGAUUCUCCACGCUCAUCGGCCACCGGCCUCGUCAGUGAGCCAGCGCGGCCCCAAGAAUCAACAAGUCAGCUCGAGAUACGCACGAACCCAGGGGAGCUUCUCGAGGGGCCCCCUGUCGUUCUAGUCAAGGAGACACCUGCUCAUCCCAAGCAAUACGGCCUCUCUGUUGCAAAGGGAGCCAUUACGCACACCAAGAUAGACACUGCAGGCAGUGGCAUUCUGUCCAUGAUCAACGGCUGGAUGCCCUGGAAGCCAUCUUCCAAUCCGUCCACCCAUCAUAAUAAGGGCCUUGCUGAGGGGAGUCUCCGAGACCUCCUAAAGGUUACCGACUACAAGGGAAAGGGAAUACUUCAAUAG